AUGUUUUACAAAGGAGAUUUUGAUAUUAAAGAAACCUGGAAUAGCGAAGGUGAUUAAGGACACAUUUCUUCUAAAAAUAAUAAUAGUAAUCCCAAACCUUCUAAUAAAGCUAAUGUUGAGACUAAUACUCCCAAUAUUAUGCCAAAACAAAAUUAUGGGUCAAGACCUUAGUCAAAUUAUAACAACAAUAAUUUAGAGAAAAAGCCUUCUUCUAUUUUAAAUUAAGCUGCAAAGAAUUUAGUUGGAGGUGGUGGUAUAAAUGUUUCUACAAGUACAAAUAAUAACAGUGGUUCUAACCCAUAAUUAGAUGAUGAUUUAGCUAGGAGGUUAAUUAAAAAUUUAUAAAUGGAAGGUCCUCCUGAAAAUUUAUUUUAAAAGAAAUUGCAUCCGGUUUAUGGUUCGAAUCCUCCACCUCCUUCAGCUCCUAAAAAAGGAUUAGGGUAAUAAGCUUCUAGAGGUUCUUUAAAUAGUUAAUAAGAUCAAGAUUUAUUGUCAAGCAUGGCUACAAGACUGCAAAAAGCUGAAUAAUUAGUUAAAAAUUAGAGAGAAGAAAUAAAAGAGAAAUCAAAGGAGAUAGAGGGAUUGAAAACAGAAGUAGAGAUUUAUAAGCAAUCAAAAGACUCUGAAAAAUCUGCUGAAGAAUUGAGAAAAAUCAAAUAAGAAAAUUUACGUUUGCAACAAAAAGUUCAUGCAAUGGAGAAAUUUUUAGCAGAUUAUGGAUUAAAAUGGACUCUUGAUGAGAAUGGUGAUGAAGUUUUGAAAGGCGAUUUUGAUAAAGAUAAAUUAUUAAAUGAUGUUAAGAAGCCUAAAUAUAAUUACCAUUUGCCAUCAGAAAUAGAUUUUAAUGUUGUUUUGAGAAGGAUAGACGAAUUAAACUAUAUUGUAGAAAAAGAAGGUAAUGCAUAAGAAGUAUAUAAAGACGAAAGAGGUUUCAACAGAAUACGCAAAAUGGAUCCAGUUCCUAUUGGAUUUUACAAAGAUGGCAUAGCAAUAAAAGGAUUCAAAUUCUUCAAAUACGGCUCAGCUGAGUCUAAAUAAAUUCUUGCUGAUAUUUUAGAAGGAUAUUUCCCUUAUUAACUAAAAAAAACCUAUCCUAAUGGGUGUCUUCUCAAAGUAAUAGAUAAAGCUGAAGAAGAUUAUAAUCCUGAAAAAUUAGGCAAAAAAAUGGCUAACAUUCAUAACAUGGAUGAAGAUUAAUUAAAACCUAUGUCAAAGGAUGAAUUCUUGCAAAAGCUACCAAAUAAAGUUAUAAAGGAUGGAUAGAUCAUAGAAAUACGUUCAGAAGUUCAGAAAAAACUAGAUGGAGCUUAGAAACCAUUAGAACUCCAAAAAAUAAAAAAAGAAAUUAAAGACUUGGGAUUGUAAAAGAUCGAAGAGGCAGAAAAUAAAAAGUUGGAAGAAACAGGCAAUGUCUAAGUGUAACAAAAUUAAAAAGGCAACGAAGGGAAAAAACGUAAAAAAAUAGCACAUGAUGUAUUGGAGGAUGGUUCGAUAAAGGUUCAUACUGAAGAGUAUUUAUCUGUACAAAACUAAACCAUCUCUUAAGAAUAAAAAGAAAAUAUUUCAGAGCUUAAAAUUAGAACAACAAAAAAUGGAUAAAAUAUAGUCAUUUAUAUAACAAUCGAUGCAAACAAAUUAAUAAGAGAUGUUUAUAGAAUACUUGAUGAUUUCUCUGACUAUUUCAAUUAUACCUUAUCAACUAAUUAUCCAAAGAAAAACAUCCCUAGAGAUUGUGCUGAGACUUUAAAAGAGCUUGAUCUUUUCCCAAAUUCCGUCUUAAAUCUAUAAGAAGUUAAAUGA